GAAAAACGAAGGGAGCUGAAAUUUGAUGGUCGUCUAGAAAAAGAGCUUUCUGAAACUUACGCGUUUCUGAUGGUCGAGCGACCUCAGAUCCAAAGCAUAUGCGAAAAGGGGCUGCAGGUGGGCCACUCCAGAAUAACAACCCUCGGCAGCCCUUCCAUGGGUGUGUAUCUCUCCAGAUAUGCUGAUUUAUUGCAGCCUAAUCCUCUAGAAGCUGGAGCAACUGGAGAUGUGAUUAUUUUUAAAAUAAUGAAGGGAAAAAUGAAAAGCAUAUAUGACCACAUUGGUAUGAAAGCAAUGGAAUCAUCAGUGAAGAGUGCGUUAGAUCCAACACCGAAGCACGAGUGCCAUGUUUCCAAGAAUGCAAAUAAAGUGACCUCCUUGUUGGCUUAUCGAGCCUAUGAACUUACUCAGUACUAUUUUUAUGAAUAUGGCUUUGAUGAGAUAAGGCGAAGACCAAGGCACGUUUGUCCUUACGCUGUUGUUUCAUUUACUUACAAAGAUGAAAUGGUGCAAGGACCAAAAUUCUCAGCCCCGUCAAGAUCAAACAGCUUCAAUGCAGAUAGAAGUACAGAUAAAUGUAACUAUACAGUGUGGAGGGGACAGCUUUGGAAUAAAGGCAAACUUUUCUGCCACAUUUCCUUGAAAUCAGCAGUAUGUCCAUUCCUUCCAUGCAAGCUUCCUGAGAAGCUUGAGAUUGACAAAGUUGUGAACAUUGAUCAAGUGAAGAAAAAAGUUGCACCUGUGUUGUUCUAUAAAGAAACUUACCUAGGAGCAAAAGAAGUGUUGAAGAACGGCAUGUACUGCAGCCUUUAUGAAGUUGUGGAGAAGUCCCGUUCUGGUUGUCACUUGGAGGGUUUGCUUCAAAAACUAGAGAAAGAGAAACUUGUUCUUGUGAAACCGCUUCUGGACAGAGGAUUUCUUUUUCUUCUUUCUCCUUGGCAAAUGAUGUCCCCUUAUGACCACCAAGCCGGACGGCCCCGCAUCUUAUAUGCAUUGUUUCUGUUUCCAGAGCCUAGAGGUUUAGUGAGCUCAGUACGAAAAAGUGUUCCAUUUGGAACAAAGAAAAAUUCAACCGCUGUGGUUUUGCAUGAAAAUCAGGAAAUUAUUCCAGAAUUCACAAAGUUUAUUCGGUCUCUGCAUUUUGCUUUAAUCCAGUCCCGUAAAGAUGCUACUGCAGAUUUCAAUGCAGUUGUGGAAAAGUAUAUAAAUGAGUAUUUGAAAAGAUGUAGUGGCCCUGGAAGAUACAGAGAAUUUGUAUUAUAUCGGUAUGAAUCACGGCUGGAUGACAAAAAAUUUCUUUAUGCUGCUCCAAGAAAUAAAUCUCAUAUUGACGGCUGCUUGCAAAACUAUAUAUUUGGUUGUGAGGCAUAUCAGCUACCUGUUUCUAGAGCUAAGGAACUGAUGGAGGGAAGUCGGAAACCUCAACAGUUCAGUCCUGUCUCAGAUUAUGAAGCCACAGAAGAAGGCUCUGAUUUCACCAGCACAAAAAGCAGGAAGAGGAUCUGUGCAAAAUACGAAGCCACUGCUACCAAGCAAAAACUGCCUCAUUCUGGAGACUAUGAUCCUGAUAGACUCAAAGAUCUUAUUAAUUUAAUCCAGUGUAGGAAAAAAAAUGUAGGUGGAGACAGUGAUUCUGAAGACCUUAGAAGUAAAAGUGGCCUGAAAAGAAAGCUGGAAAAACAGUCUGAAAAUUUGCGGAAAUACUUAAAAAUGAGUGAAUCUUCAGAGAACAGUUGUCAGUAUGAAGGGGACAGAACCUCGGAUUCGCCACACGCUGUUUUCUCAGUUAAUACUGGUCUUGGUGGACACGAUACUGACUUGACACAGCAAGAUGAACCUGACCCUGCUGGUACUGACACACAUGGCCUCAUUAAACUGCUUUUAGAAACACUAGCUAGUGCAGGACGCUUGGAUUCGUCGCUGGCACAGUCUGUAAAUCAAGCUUUAGGAUUAAGUAGUGAUGAAAUGGAAGAAGAUUUGAGACAAAAAUAUGAAUAUGAAUCCAUUCCAGCACAGGACAAAGAUGAUCAUGAGCUUCGUAAUACUGCUCAAGCUGAAAAUGUUAACUUUAAGGACCCACAGAGCCCAGUGAUGCUGGAAGGUGAUGUGGCAUGCUUGCCCUACCCUGUUGAUGUUGAUCUGCAGCUUCCAGCUAAUGAAGUAGCCCUUGAACACACACAGCAUUUAAAAGAAGCAAGCACUGGAAGUGUAAGUAGUUUUGAAGACUACAGUCCGUGUCCUAGUACACCUAUAGAACAUGUUUAUCGUAGGCAACGUUCCACUUCAAACAGUAUAGGAGAAGUUGGAAUGCACUGGAAACUUAUUCCCAUUACAGGUCUGAAAUCACCAGAAGAACCACUAGUGUAUUUACCGCCAAAGGAUGCCUUUCCUAAUGACCCCCGGGUAAUAAAUAAACAGAGAAGUCCUGAUUAUCAGUUUCCAUACUCUCCAUUUUCAGACACACAAAAGGGGACAGCAGAAGAUGGGCUUUAUACAAGACAAGUGGAGAAACUCGAAGAUCAGUGUGGUCUAGCAGAUCACCCUUUUACAUCUAAGCAUUCCAUUAGCACUGUAAUAGAAACUACACUAUUAGAAGAAUAUAAUCUCUUUGCAAGAAAGAUUCAAGAAAUUUUGCAGCAAAGGAAUAUUGCUUACGUUAGUGGUGUGUCCACACCAGUCUUCUCUGCCCGAGAGAGGAUAAUGAGACUUUCAGAAUACAUCUGUUUACAGGCAUCAGAAGUUUCUGUCCAAGAAUACAUAGAGACGCUGAGCGAGAAGCUGAACAGUGUCAUUUUGUCGUCGUUGUGUGCGAGGCGCACCCCGCCGGCUUACUCCAGCCCUGGGGCGGCGAGCGACCCUGCGCCUGACCCUGCGCCCGACCCU